AUGGCCGAGCAGACGCCGUUGAAGCGCGAGAGAGAAGAAACCCAGAUCCCAGAUGAAGAAACAAAACGCCAUAAAUCAUACAAUCACAUCCUCUCUUUGCUCGAAGUAGAAGACGACGAGCCAAACCAGGACUUGUCUUCUCUAAUCAUCACUUUACAACAGGAACUCUCUUCCGACUUCGUUUUAGAUGACAUACUUAUCUUCCCUACAACUAAUGCUACCUUAGAAGCUAACCAAGAAAACCCCAGGCCCUCAACCACAACAGAGACGAGCGACACCGCCACCGGCGCCGCAGACGGUGGAAAUCAGGAUGAUAAAGAGCAAGUCAUACGGCAUUUGCUUGAAGCUUCUGAUGAUGAGCUUGGGAUUCCUAAUAGAGAAGGUGCUUUUGAGUUUGAACAAAGUUUUGACAAUGGCGGAAAUGGGUUUGCUUUGUGUGAUAGGUUAUGGGAACUUGAAGACGAGGCUGCUAAUUACUAUACCUUGUUAAAGUCUUAA